AUGGCCAUGAACACCAACUCAGUCAAAGAGGUUCGUUUUGACCCUGUGACGACGGUGUUCCGGAUCGAAGAGGACCCAGAGAUAUGGACAACCUACAGGACAUCUGUCGACCCCAACUAUGAAAAUGAUACCGGCAAAGACAUGUUCUAUCCCCGCAGCUACCGCUCCUUCCUUCUCCAUUUUCUUUCGCAGAAGAGGUUGACCAUCGUCACACAGGAAUGGUUCGACCUGAAAAAGGAGUUCUACUACAACAUGGUCAUUGAUCCUAACCGAUUUGUGGGACGUCCCAACCAGAAGAGACGAUUUGAACAGGUGUUUGCGCCCACUGCGUCCGACUACGACGGUGACCAUGAGCGUCAGACAUAUUAUCGGGUGUUUGAUGCCAAGAAGUUUACUUACCGGCCUCAAAUCAGUCCGAGGGAAAGCAAUGCAUUCCUUGUGAUUCUCAAAGCCCUCAACCACAUUUUGUGGACAAUGACGCGGCGAACCAUUCAGCAUUGGAUCCCUGAGAAGGAAACAAUGGAGCUGUUGACUGGCACAUUGAAGGUAAUCGAUGAGGAGAAAUCGCAGACGAAAGGCCUCUUGUACCUGAUUCAGAUUGUGGGUGCAACUGCGUUCAUCGAGCACGACAGCAACUUCAAUCAUGGAAGUUGGCAAAGUGGGGAUAAGAAACUCUCCAAAGCAGAGGCGCUUAGGGAGUACCUCCAAACCAAGGACAUGGGCUACUUUGAAUCGCUUUCUGAGUCCAUUAGUUUUGACCGGCAGCUCAACAACAUGAUUGGGGGCACUGACCGAAUUGCCGCGUACAUGUCUGAUUUCCUGGCCAGCAAAAGCAUCAGAAACAGAACUGAAUUUGAAAAUGAACAAGCUGAUCCUGAAAUUGGCCACGGCGUCUCAGAGGAGGCUGAGCUGAAUGCGGGCGAGGAGGACCCGGGCGAGGAGGAGGAUCCGGGCAACGAGGGUGAACCAACUACCAAAAAGGAGCUCUAUGCUUAUUACGCUGGGAAAGGUCCUGCAGCAAUGGUUUAUGAUUUCUUGUCGGAUUCUUUUUUGAAGGCCCAGAUCAUCAUCGUAUACUCAGUUGCGGCACCACUGGAAAAUCUGUAUGCGCAAACAUUGCAACAGAUGAAAUCCAGGGAUGGCCAAAUGCGUUUUGCUGCCCAGAGAGCUUGGACAAUGCACACUAGCGUGGCUCUGCAAUGCAUGACUCAAUUCUGCAACGACAGCCUUCUCAUGCGAUUGGGUUUUUCUCCGCCUUUGGUGGCUGACUUCGUUCCUCCCCGUGAACUCCCUGAGCAUCCUGAAGGAUCUCCCUCACAUGUCGAGCGCAUGUUGCUGAAGACAAUCUUUGACUUUGGUAUGGUGCUUGGGAUGGAACUUUUGUGGUCACAUGCUCAUUUCCAUUGGACUUUUCCGCAUGUGCUUGCGACCUGCCUCCUGCCAAAGAGAGAGGAUCGAACUGCUGCUCUGUCACACGUGAAAAUGAUCGCACAGGCGAUCCAUGCUGCAGAGACCAUGGAGGGCCCCAAGGCUGAGUUGCAAGCGUGUCUGCAGGAUGUGAGUUUCAAUUCAGAACCCUUGGCCAGGCUUCUUAUGAUGAAAGUCAUGAAGGGGGCCAUCACAGAACAGGAGCUAGAGGCCUUUGCUGUAAAAAUGUGGACUGGAACGGGAAGCACGAAAGAGUUGUUGGAAUCUUGCUUCAACAACUGCAAUCGGCAGAUUGGCUUCAUGACCACUUCGAAAGUUGCAAGUUCUCCAUUGAAGUGGGUCUUGUCAACGCUCAAUCCAUUCUGCAAUGCUGCCAAUGUCAGGCAAAUUUUGCCAGUGGAAGCUGAUUGGUGGCAAUCCCUGACGUCGCCUGCAGGACAGAAAGCAAUCCAGCACGAGCUGAACUCCUUUUUCGAUCCGAAUGCAACAGACUUGCCACACAUUUGUGUGUCGGAAUGUGCUGCUGCAAAACAAGUGACUGAGGACGAAGAUGAUGCCGCUUUGACUGCCACGGCAAUUCUGAAAAAUCUCAGCUUUAAAGCUGCUGGGGCAGAUGCUUUGCAGCGAGGUGCAGCCGCGAUGGCAUACUUGGUCGGUGAGUUUCGAAAUGGAUUCGAGAAUGUCCAGCAGUGCUGGGCUGGUUGUUUGCUGAAGGAGCAGGAGGUCUAUCUGCACAUCCAAUCGAAUGCGUAUGUCAUGAGCCUUGGCGUUCGGACAUGGGCAGCACUGGCACUCCCAUUGGUCAGAGUGGAACAUCAGGGCCGAGUUUACUUUCAGUUUCCCAAAAAGCGGAAGAAACCAUUGUGGGUUUGCAACUUCACCGUCAGCGAUGAGAAUUGCAUGUUCAAAUUUAUCCCCACGCGGCUGCUGCUUCGCCACGAAUUGCCCAGUGCAAUUGCGAGUGGCUCGGCCUUGCUACAGACUGGAGAGUGCAGCGACCUUUUGCGGCCAGCUUUUUGGCGGGGCUUGUCACUCUACCUGCCACAGGUUACAGCUAUCCGCCGGGCACUGAAGCUCCCUGAGUUGAAAAAGGGACACGGGUCAGGUGCAAGAGGGACGGUAGUGAAACGAGACAUCGUCAAGCAGAUCCUCACCCACUUGUUUCCACAUUGCAGUGAGCAAGACUUUUUGAGGAUGCUGAAUUUCACUGCCCCAGAGAACAAGCCGAAGGCAAGCGACGAUGGCACAGAGAAGUUGUCUGACUCAUUGCAAUACCUUGUAUCGUGCUUGGACAUUGAGAACUGCGAGGAGUUCAAGAACAUUGUCAAGCAGGCCAAAGAAGAGAUGCUCGAGAAAGCCCAUCAGAAGGGAAAAGAAGCUGCGGAAGCAGACUUGAAAAAAACACUCCACUCCCAAUUGGAGGAAGCCAAGGAAAAGAUUGCCAAGCUUGAAGGAGAGCUGAGAAGGGAUGUUGCCCCACACACUACAGCGGCAUCACCAGCUGCAUCGUCAUCUGGAGUGCCCCGGACUGGAGAGACACACAAGAAGGUGACUCCUGCAGAUUUUCGGACAUUGUUUCCUUUUGCGGGAAAACUCUCUGGGCUGUCUUUCAAGCACGACACUGCCAAGCAGUUUGUCCAGGUUGUGUUUCCAAGACGCCUGGAAUUGCUUGCAACAUAUUUUUUGUGA